AUGGCGCGCCAUGUGGCGGGCAGCCACGAUGAGGCCAAUGAAGCAAGACCUCUUCUCUCACCUAUCCCGGAUUCGCAUUCGUCUGCCGAUGGGCUGUCCACAUCAGAGCAGCUAACACACUGUGACUGGCCUUGGAUACGCGUUGUCGCACUGGUUGUUGUCAUCGCCGUUGUCUCCGACAUUGGAGAAUCCCUUUACGCUGCGCCCAGGGUCCGUUUCUUUGAGUCUAUUGUCUGCACUGAAUACUACAGGCAGGAGGACCCUUCGUUGCUUCACAAACACGGCGAUAUUCCGGAACAUCUCUGCAAAGUGAAUCCGGUCCAGGACGAGCUCGCUUCUGUCUUGGGCUGGCAGCUUUUCUUCGACAGUAUUCCAGCUAUCUUGCUUCCCGUCCCGUACGGCUAUCUCGCCGAUAGACGUGGCCGGAAGCAGAUCUUGAUCAUGGCAAUGGUGGGCUAUACAAUGUCUUACGUGUGGACCCUCUUUUCUGCCGGGGUGUUGCAUUUGCCCUUGAACUAUGUCUGGCUGUCCUCGCUCUUCUUUCUCCUCGGUGGCGGCCCAACAGUCGGAACAACUCUACUCACCACCGUCGUUGCUGACGUAGUACCACCAGAGUCAAGGACCACUGUGUUUUUCUACCGAUUCUGUACCGACCUAAUCGCAGACGUGGCAAUUCCCCCGCUCACCUCAUUUUUAAUGUCCAAGAACAUAUGGAUCCCCCUUUUUGGUGCGGUGCUCUUCCAAGCAGGCAGUUCCGUGAUGACUUUCACUUUACCCGAAACGUUGCCGCUCCCUAUCCCCAAAGAGGCUGUCGAUCAUUCCACGAGUCCCUCAAUAGCCACGACUACUUCAGAGCCAGAAGACAGUUCAAACAUUGACAAGCGGUGGAAGGAUUGGAUCCGAGAGACGAAAGACUCGUUCGACUUUGUCAGACGAGAUACGGCAGUUGCAGCUCUCGUGUUAACUUUGUUGAUUUCCAAAGUCGGGCGUCAGUCAACGAAUGUCCUUUUCCAAUAUGCGUCCAAAAGAUACGGGUGGUCCCUGUCACAGGCUGGACUAUUAAUUUCUUUACGUGCGGCUGUAAACAUUGCAUUAUUUGCCGCCAUUUUACCAGCGAUUGCUUCUUUCGCUCUCCGACGUAUUGGUGCAGCACCGCUCAGAGAUCUUCUACUCGCAAGAGGGAGCAUUAUCUUCUUACUUCUUGGUACUAUUGUACUGUUCUUGUCUGCAACCCCCGCUCUUAUGAUAAUCGGCAUCAUUCUGUUCACACUAGGGACGGGUUUUGCACCUACAGCCCGCAGCUUGGUGACCUCGCUUGUCGAAUCUCAAUGUAUAGAGACAACUAGUGACAUUGGACGGCUGUACGCACUGAUUUCUGUAAUGGAGGGGGUCGGUGCUCUUGUAGCAGCAUUGGGCAUGUCAUGGGCCCUCCGAUUCGGCCUACACCUAGGCCAGGCAUGGCUUGGGUUGCCUUUUGGAUUUGCUGCCAUCCUCUUCGCUGUGGUGGCAAUCAUCACGUUCAGCAUCAAGGUUAGAAGCGUAUGA